GAGCUGGAGAAUCCGGUAAAAGCACAAUUGUAAAACAAAUGCGAAUAUUGCACGUUAAUGGAUUUAGUGAAGAAGAGAAAAGACAAAAAAUUGAAGAUAUUAAGAAAAACAUUAGAGAUGCCAUAUUGACAAUUACAGGUGCAAUGAGCACACUAACCCCACCAGUACAAUUAGAACAUCCUGAAAAUCAGUUUAGGGUCGAUUACAUGCAAGAUGUUGCCUCUCAACAUAACUUUGAAUAUACUACGGAGUUUUAUGAACACACAGAAGUACUGUGGAAAGAUAGAGGCGUACAAUCUUGUUUUGAAAGAUCUAAUGAAUAUCAACUCAUUGAUUGUGCAAAAUACUUUCUCGAUCAAGUACACAUUAUUAGACAACCAAAUUAUACGCCUUCAGAACAAGACAUACUCAGGUGCCGUGUUUUAACUUCUGGUAUAUUUGAAACACGGUUUCAAGUUGAAAAAGUUAAUUUUCAUAUGUUUGAUGUUGGAGGCCAAAGAGAUGAAAGGCGUAAAUGGAUACAGUGUUUUAAUGAUGUCACUGCCAUCAUAUUUGUGACUGCUUGUAGUAGUUAUAAUAUGGUCCUUAGAGAAGAUCCUACUCAAAAUCGACUCCGAGAGUCAUUAGAUUUGUUUAGAAGCAUUUGGAAUAACAGAUGGUUGAGAACGAUAUCAGUGAUAUUGUUUCUGAAUAAACAAGAUUUGCUAGCCGAAAAAAUCAUGGCUGGGAAAUCUCGGUUAGAAGAUUAUUUUGCCGAAUUUAACCGUUAUCAAACGCCAAUGGAUGCUACUCCUGAUCCAGGAGAAGAUCCUCCAGUUAUUCGCGCCAAAUACUUUAUCCGAGAUGAGUUCCUUCGCAUCAGUACUGCCAGUGGCGAAGGUAAACAUUAUUGUUAUCCACAUUUCACCUGCGCUGUUGACACUGAGAAUAUCAGACGUGUGUUCAAUGACUGUCGCGACAUCAUACAGAGGAUGCACCUGCGCCAGUACGAGUUGCUAUGAUCUCUUCCUUACCCACUCACAUACAUACACAGGUCUCUUUAUUAUUCUGCAGCAAUUUUGAAAUCACAGAUUAUCAAAUCCAAAUUCAUUUCAACAAACCUAAACAUUUCAGUAGUAUGUCAUUAAGAUUGAUUCCUUUUGGUGAACAUUCUUUUACAAGCAGCCAAAUACGGUUUUGCAAAAAGGAAUACAUAUCUAGAUUAUAAGACCUUUGCAGAUGUUAUAGGUACCUAUGUUUGCCUAGUCACAAUUUUAGAUAAUUUUUUAGCAGUUGUAGUUAAAAAAAAUUGAUUGAUUAAACUUAAAUCAGUAAGAGUAUAAAAAACUUAAUUUAUUAUCUGUUUCAUUUUGUUGUUCAAUGUCUGGUACAAUGAAUUAUAAUAUUCACCAAUGAAUACUUAUAUUUUAUUUUUUUUGCUUUUUGUAUUGGUGAUAAAUUUUUCUAACAUAUAGUUUGUAAAAUUACAUUGUCAAUGGUUAUAUUAUUGUUAAUUAUUAUUUACCAGGUACAAAAAUAUCCUAACCUAAUGAUUAUAUUAUAUUAAAAUGGAUACCUAUUUCAAGUCUGUUACUACAGUAUAAUGUCCACAUUCAAUGAUGUAAAUAAUUGUAUGCAUUAAUAUAAUUUUGUUUAACUUAUAAUAUUUGCAAUGUUCCAAUACGAAAAAAUCGCACAACUGAAAAUGUUUAUAAAAUAUUGAAUAUAUAUAUAUAUAUAUAUAUAUAUAUAUAUAUUUAUAAAUAAUUUUUAAUAUUACCGUUAUGAAUGUUAUACCUGUAAAUCCAAUGGUAAAAUUUCCAAAUCUUAUGUAAUUACGUGUAUAGAUAAAUAUAACUAAUUAUAUUAUAUUAUGUUUGUAACUUACUAGUUUCUUUAAAUGAUGUAUUGUUUGUUUCUUGUUAUAAGUUGUAUGUUAAGUUAUUAUAAUUUGUUUUUGCUCUGGGAUCUUAUAUUAUGCAUUUUUCAAAGAACAAAAGAUGUUAACUUAAUCGAAUACCAUAACUAAGUUAGGACAUAAGGUUCCUGGGCUUACAAUCGAUAAUAAUUGAGUAACAUGCAAAUGUACCAAUAUUUUAUUUACAUUUAUUUAUUUUUAAUUUUAUUUUUGUUUGGUGCUGCUUACUUAUACUUCCUUCUCUGCCCCUUCAUCCAUUAUUAUCAAUUCAUUAACUAAAAAUAAAAAUAAAUCAUGUACAAUUUUUAAGCAUA